UCGAACGAUGUAAGCAUGCUCACGAGACUGAUGAUCAAAGAAACAUAUUGCUAAAACUCUAUGAUGUGGUUUUUAGUAAAAUUGAUUUAAAUCCAUUUUAGCCAACUUGGACCUAGCUCUACUAAGGUUUACUCGACCACGGCGGCAGCGAUCGACAAAACUCUCCAAAAUGACCUACAAUGGUGAAUGUCCAACUAGAAAGGUGGGGCUCUUCCCCAUUCUCUUCUCUGUUUGGUCUAGAGGCAGCGGUGAUAGAGCUUCUAUCUGUCGUGUUCCUGUGUCUGUGGAGAUGGGACCGGAAAGUGGAUCUAUGACUGCAUCAGUGGUACGAUGCAACUUCGAUCAGACUCCUUUCUUGGGCUUGCGGCGGUUCUAUGGCAGUAGUGCUUCGCUGGUGGAUGAGGUGUCGCUGUUCUUCUGGGCUCGAGAUUGGGGUGUUGGGGAUGGUACUGACACUCGUGGUGGUAGUGACGCACUUUGCUGCGGCGGCCAGAAGCUUGUGGUGGAGGAGGAUCGAGGGACACCUGGUCGGCUGGUCGGGGUGCUUCUAUCUCCAUAUGGUGCCGGUCUUCUUCGGUGGCAGCGGGAGUUGUUGACAUCGGCAAUCUGCAGUCCUCUGUUUGGUUGCAGUGGGGUGCCCUUGGGCUGGUGCUUACUGGUGGGCCUGUUGGGCUUGCAUAAUUUUAGAGGGGAUGCAAGGUGACUUGUCAUAUUCCAUUCUUAGGUUUUAGUUUUUUAUCAGGUCGCAAAGAUCAUAUUCUCUGAGGAUUCAUUUUACUAUUUGCUUUGGAGGAUUUUGAUAUUUGUUUGGAAUAAAGGUGCGUUAAUUUCCUAAGAGGUGGGUGUACUGGGGGUGUCCUGAGUCUUAUUAUUAUUCUAUAAUAGGUGUUUAGGGUUCCCUAAGGAAUGAUUCUUUCUGUC